UCCCGGGUUCCGGGGGAAGUGUGUUACCGGGACACUGGCCCGACUACUUUCGUUCCGUCCUCCAUCGCUUUCUCCCGUGCAAUGGCUACCGGGCUGGUAAGAUUGCUGCAGCAGGGGCCUCGCUGCCUCCUUGCUCCAGUCGUCCCCAAGCUGGUCCCUCCGGUUCGGGGAGUGAAGAAGGGAUUCCGCGCCGCCUUCCGCUUCCAGAAGGAGUUAGAGCGGCUGCGCCUUCUGCGGUGCCCGCCGCCGCCCGUGCGCCGUUCCGAGAAGCCGAACUGGGAUUACCAUGCAGAAAUACAGGCUUUUGGACAUCGGUUACAGGAAAACUUUUCCUUAGAUCUUCUCAAAACUGCAUUUGUUAAUAGCUGCUAUAUUAAAAGUGAGGAGGCCAAGCGCCAGCAACUUGGGAUAGAGAAAGAAGCUGUGCUUCUGAAUCUUAAAAGUAAUCAAGAACUAUCUGAACAAGGGACAUCUUUUUCACAGACUUGCCUCACACAGUUUCUUGAAGACGAGUUCCCAGACUUGCCCACUGAAGGCAUCAGAAAUCUUGUUGACUUUCUCACUGGUGAGGAAGUCGUGUGUCACGUGGCUAGAAACUUGGCUGUGGAGCAGUUAACACUGAGUGAGGAAUUCCCAGUGCCCCCGACUGUAUUACAGCAAACUUUCUUUGCAGUUAUUGGAGCCCUGUUACAGAGCAGUGGACCCGAGAGGACUGCACUUUUUAUCAGGGACUUCUUAAUUACUCAAAUGACUGGAAAAGAGCUCUUUGAGAUGUGGAAGAUAAUAGAUCCCAUGGGGCUAUUGGUAGAAGAACUGAAGAAAAGGAAUAUUUCAGCCCCUGAAUCAAGACUUACAAGGCAGUCUGGUGGCACCACAGCUUUGCCUUUGUAUUUUGUUGGCUUAUACUGUGAUAAAAAAUUGAUUGCAGAAGGACCUGGGGAAACAGUAUUGGUUGCAGAAGAAGAGGCUGCUCGAGUGGCACUUAGAAAACUUUAUGGAUUCACAGAGAAUAGACGGCCUUGGAACUAUUCCAAGCCCAAAGAAACCUUGAGAGCAGAAAAGAGCAUCACUGCCAGCUAGCCAGCCAUGAAUGUGGCAGCCUGAAACUUGAGACUGAAAGUGAGAUAAAUGUCAAAGGUGUUUCAAGCCAGAUAUUUUCAAAAUUGUGAAGAAAUAGGUGUUUUUUUUUGGUUUGUUUUUCUUUUCUACUGUGUUUCCAAAAUUAAAUAAAUGUUAAUCAAGUCACAGUGUUUUUGAUUUUGUUUUUCUAAAAUCUUGGUUUGAUCAAAUCUUUUUUUUUUUUUUUCCUUGAGAUCCUUACUCUGUCACCCAGGCUGGACUGUAGUGGUGCGAUCUUGGCUCACUGCAACCUCCACCUCACAGGUUUAAGCGAUUCUUGUGCCUCAGCCUCCCUAGUAGCUGGGAUUACAGGCAUAUGCCACCAUACCCGGCUAAUUUUUGUAUUUUUGGUAGAGAUGGGGUUUCUCCAUGUUGGUCAGGCUGGUCUUGAACUCCUGACCUCAGGUGAUCCGCCUCCUUGGCCUCCCAAAGUGCUGGGAUUACAGGCAUGAGCUACUGUGCCCAACCAGAUCAAAUAUUUUCUUGACAUUUUUACAAGAAAUUUUCCUAAAGUUCUUGAUUUAAUUGUAUAGAAUUUGUAUAAUUAGGUGUAUUUUAUUUGCCUCUAGCUUUGAGGUAUCAUAAUUUAUGUAUCUUAUAUGAAUUUUUUUGCUGUAAUACCAGUAACUUUUUUCUCCAC